UCCGCGAAAGCAACUGGCCACGAAGGCCGCCCGGAAAUCGGCUCCGGCGACCGGGGGAGUGAAGAAACCGCAUCGCUAUCGACCAGGGACAGUUGCACUGCGAGAGAUCAGACGUUACCAGAAAUUGACGGAGCUUCUGAUCCGCAAAUUGCCGUUCCAGGAAGCCAGCGAGGCGUAUCUGGUCGGCUUGUUCGAGGACACCAACUUGUGCGCCAUCCACGCCAAGCGUGUCACCAUAAUGCCAAAGGACAUCCAGUUGGCGCGUCGCAUCCGCGGCGAACGGGCAUAAACUGUGCCCCCCAACCCUAACC